AUGGCCUCUGUGUUGUCCUACGAAAGUCUGGUACACGCCGUGACCGGAGCCGUGGGAAGUGUGACUGCCAUGACAGUGUUCUUUCCCUUGGAUACUGCUAGACUUCGGCUUCAGGUCGAUGAGAAAACGACACAUGCAGUGCUCCUGGAGAUAAUUAAGGAAGAAAGCCUCCUGACACCAUACCGAGGAUGGUUUCCAGUUAUUUCCAGUCUCUGCUGCUCCAAUUUUGUCUAUUUUUACACUUUUAAUAGCCUCAAAGCAGUGUGGGUCAAAGGUCAACGUUCUUCUACAGGAAAAGAUCUGGUGGUUGGAUUUGUAGCAGGAGUGGUGAAUGUGCUGCUAACUACUCCACUCUGGGUGGUAAACACCAGACUGAAGCUGCAGGGGGCAAAAUUUCGGAAUGAAGACAUUAUACCAACCAACUACAAAGGCACUAUUGAUGCAUUCCACCAGAUUGUUCGAGAUGAAGGGAUCUUGGCUCUGUGGAACGGCACCUUUCCCUCCUUGCUGUUGGUCUACAACCCUGCCACCCAGUUCAUGUUCUAUGAAGGCUUAAAAUGGCAGCUUUUAAAGAAGCGGAUGAACCUCUCUUCUCUGGAUGUGUUCAUCAUCGGUGCAAUAGCCAAAGCGGUUGCCACCACAGUCACCUAUCCCAUGCAGACGGUACAGUCAAUUCUGAGGUUUGGACGUCAUAGACUAAACCCAGAAAACAGGACACUGGAGAGUCUUCGGAAUGUUCUUGCUCUUCCUCACCAACGAGUCAAGCGCUUUGGAAUAAUGGGACUCUACAAAAGCCUCGAAGCCAAGCUGCUGCAGACAGUGCUCACAGCCGCCCUCAUGUUCCUUGUGUACGAGAAACUGACAGCUGCUACCUUCACCGUAAUGGGCCUGAAGAGCACACAUAAGCACUGA